AUGCCCUUUUCAGGAGCAUGGUGCAAAGUAUGGAUUUAUUUCGGAUUCGUUUUUGCAUGGACGAAGGGGGCCCGUCCACGUUUUGAUACCUCCACGGACAUGGGCCUGGUUUUGGUCCCUUCCGAUGCGGAAGUAGAUUCGGUCAUUUUUCGUCUUCGUGCGACUGAUCAGGAUGCAGACUUUCCACUUGUUUUCGAAAUAACUGCUACAAUCACACCUGUUGUAAGGAUCGACAACCUACCGUGCACGUUGUACAAUAAAGUAUGUCAAGCUAAUGUGAUUCUAACGAAACGACUAGUUGCCGGACGCCUUCACGAUUUUGCUGUGAGGGUUAGGGACACGAAGGGUGACUCGAACUCGAUGCAAGCUACUAUUUCUGUUACAAAUGCUACAACACCGCGUGAUAAAAUAUUCCCGCACAUACCUUCCCUCAUAAUGGUACCCGAGGUAAUUAUUUAUCAGUCUAAACGAAAUUUUCUAAGACUCGAUUGUGAGAUAAAUGGCGGUGCAACGCUGCCACAAAUCUAUCGUUGCAUCUCGACGUACGACUCAUUGUAUGAUAAAUCGUUGCGUUUAUGGUUCCCAUUACAUUUAUGUGAUUCUACAGACACUAAGCCAGGAAAGGAACUGGAUUAUCUUCUGGUGAGAGCCAAUUCCUGGAGCGGAAAACCUGUAUACAUCGAACUCUGGCAACCGAAGGAACUUUUCACUAUAAGGCAGCGACAAACGCCCACGCAAACGCGAGGAGUUAUUACUUUAAUCGGUGAAUUGGAUUUUGAAACGCAAUCUGUGUACACACUCACCAUGUAUGCUACGGACCCGUAUACCGAGCCCGGAAAAGAUACUAGAAAUAUUGCAGGCUUAAAUCUGGUGGUGAUAGUUCAAGAUGUUCAGGAUGUCCCUCCGAUUUUUACGUUAGCUCCACCUCUCACCAGAAUUAAUAAUUCUAUACAGCCUGGUGAUAUAGUCAUACGAGUGCAUGCUGAAGACGGGGAUAAAGGAGUUCCGCGGGAAAUUGUUUACGGUCUCGUGUCCGAAGGCAAUCCGUUUACACCAUUUUUUAAUAUUUCGGAAACAAGUGGUGAAAUAAUUCUUGCCAGACCUUUGGAGGAACUGACGCAAAUUACACACGUUGGUGCACCUGUAGUGCUUACUGUGGUUGCUGAGGAAAUAAGAAGAAGCAGAGACGAGCCUCCAGCGCAAGCUACAGUCGUCGAUGUUGGUUUUCUUCUCGGAGAACCGGGCAACACACCUCCCUAUUUCGAAAGCGAUAAGUUGGUACCUGAGACACAAUUUGCUAUCCAAAUAAAUACCAACGAUUCUAUAAUAUUGAUUCUUAACACCUAUCAAGUAUAUGCAACUAAUAGAAUACUAACUAUAUGUUACAUAGCUACGAUCAAUGAAAAUUUAGAACCAGGUACCGUGAUAAACUUUGGUGAACAAUAUUCGACCAAAGUGAAAGAUGAAGAUAUUGGGAAAGCUGGGGUAUUUGCAUUGAAACUGGAAAAUAAUAAUGGCACCUUUGAAAUAAAUCCAACGGUUGCAGAAAGGACUGCAGAUUUCGUCAUCAUCGUUCGAGAUAACACGCUCAUUGAUUAUGAAUUGCACAAAACCUUGUCGUUUAAGAUCAUUGCUCAAGAAGUUGGUCCAGCGACAAAUCUCUCAGCAUCAGUGCCAGCGAUUAUAAUUUUAAGGGACAUUAACGACAAUCCACCGGUAUUCGAUGAAGAAUCAUACGACGUAACAUUGUCUGAAAAUGUCACCGCGGGAACACGUGUUGUUCAGGUACAUGCAACCGAUAUAGAUACAGGAACUUAUGGCGAUGUUCGGUAUACCAGUAUGACAGGCGAAGGAAGCAAAGCUUUCACGAUAGAUCCUGAGACAGGAUUAAUAACUGUGGCCAUGGGAUAUUCCUUAGACCGAGAAGUUGCAGCGAAACUCGAACUAACCGUUGAAGCUCGAGAUGAAAAUGGCAACGGUAACAGCGGUGUCGUUCCUUUGAUAGUUAAUCUACUCGAUGUCAACGAUAAUCCACCCUUAUUUGACAAAGAUGUCUACGAAUUUAUGUUAAACGCCGAUUUAACGAACUUCACUACACCGGCUGUUAUAAAGGCCAUCGAUGCCGAUGCAGAGCCACCCAAUAAUAUAGUCAGAUACGAAAUAAUUCACGGUAAUUACGAGAAUAAAUUUUAUUUAAACGAGACUAGUGGCGAAUUAAUCCUUCGAUCGGCGAUAACGAAGAUCAGACGAAAGAAACAGAGUGCUUACGAUAAAUUCGUUAAAAAAACUGAAAAGAAAUUAAUAAAAAAUCAGGAAAGAAUUCCGAAUAACGCGAUGAAAGUAUUUAUGGAUGUUGACAGUCGAAACAAAACUGUUCCCAGGGUAGCUAAGGAAGUAAUAAACGAAGUAAUAAAGAGGCGACGAAAACGGGAUAAUCAAGAUGCACUAUACACGCUCACUGCCAGGGCAUACGAUUUAGGUAUACCCCACCUCUCAAGCGUAACACAAAUUCGUGUCAUCAGCGGAAUCGCCAUGGAAGCUCGAAUAAUGAUGUUCGUAGUACCAGGAGAGCAACCAAAUUCGAUAAAAACUGCUGAAACUCUGGCAACCAUAACUGGUGGCCGAGUUACGGUAUUAGAGACCCGACCUUACACGCAACAAAAUAAUACAGGCAGUGCAAGUACUCUGGCUGGAGGGGGAAAAAGGAGCAUUAUUGUAGCACGCGUCGAACAAACGGCGCCAGGUACACCUUUGGUGGACGUAGAGAAAAUUCGGGAGACAUUAGCUGCUAAUGGCGUGGGUAUUAUCGGUGGCACGGACACAGUUACGACAAUGAAUGUCAGUGACACGAAAGUACCUGUUAAUGGGAUCCCACAUACUAACAAUGGUCAAACUAUCACUAAUAACAGCAUCGUCAGUGUGCAUAAUGAAGAAGUCACGGUGUACAAAGCAGAAAAUAAAUUAUUGCUUUGGCUUCUGAUCAUUCUGGGCUUGCUGAUGCUAUUGGCCAUAGCCGCGUUGAUUAUUUGUUGCAUCUGUCCUGGAUGUCCAUUUUACAUGGCACCUAGAAAAAGACGAGUGCAUUCCUCGGAAACGUUGGUCGCGCGAUCGGAUGGAAGACCAAAACGACAUCUUCAUCGACAACCAGCGGUAGCUAUCGAUGGAUCAUGGAAGGGAAGAAAGCAAGCAUGGAGUGCUGACCCAACAAGGAGAAAUUGGCAAUUCAAUAAAAGGAACGUAAAAAAUUGUUCGCUUCCCGGGGAUGUUGCUUACAUUUCUGGCCAACCGAUCGACAUCCAAAUAAAUCACGAAGCUCCGAGGUUAAGAGACGCUACUUCUUACGAUCAUUCGAGAAAGAGUAGAAUAGACGAGCAGGAAAGAAUGUAUAUGGAAGAUGUCGAGGGGCAAAAGCCAAGAGGCUACAACCUGACCGAAUUCGAUUCUUUGCAGAGACACGAUAUGGACAAAAGUCCGGAUAUACAACGCCAAGGUUACAGGCAAAGAUUCGUCGAGCCCGACAUGAACGGGGAAUUGAUAAGGGAACAACACUUUUACCGCGAAGGAAACGCUGAGGUUCUAAGGUUGGUGACCAGAGGACAAGUGGAGGAUACCACGGCGAGUCAUCACCAUCACCAUCAUCACUGUCCGACAACUCUGAUAGUCGAUGGCAAGGACAUUAUUCUUCAGAGGUUCAUAGAGGAUCAAAAGUCGAGGCACGAGUUGUCGAUGCAGGACAUCGAAGCAGCUCGUGUCAUGGAGUCCCAUCAACGAUCGAAGGACAUCUAUCAACAACAGCCGCCGGAGAUAAUUCUGGUGCCCGACAGACUUGAAUUAGGUCACAGACAACACGUAGAAGAAAUAGGACCUAACGUACAGAGGCUCGUGAUCGAUCAUGGUGAUUACGAAUCGCCAAAAAUAGAAAAGGAGUCUCAGACAGGUGAAACACUGAGACCAGAAAGGCAGGAUGAUAUGGUGAUUGGCCCUAUGAUGGCCGACAGACCGUCGGUCGUUACCAAAGAGCACGUGCAAAUUAAUAAACCACAAUACGCCUAUAACGACAUGGAACUGGCUAAAGAAAAAGCUUUGCUAACUCGAUUGUUACUGAAACGAGAAAUUCAGCACACGGAAGGCGGGAUACUGGAUUCUGGAAGUUACUUGGAGACUCAGAGCCUUCCUGGACAGGUAGCCAUUGCUACUCAAACCGAUCGGACGGCGGCCACUCAGACGGAUCGUCACGUGAGAAGCAGAAGCGACAACGAUGAAUCCGACGAGGAUUCGAGGCACAGGAAAAAGCUGAAAUCGCGAAAAAAGUACGGCGACGGGGACUGGAAAAGAUCUCGGACUCUAUGGAUGAAAUCACCGAUCGAGGAGAAAAGCAGUCCUCGUUUCGACAAACGGCUGAGCAUUCUACGGAAAAAAGCGAAAGAGGCGAAGGACGAUAGAAAGAUCUCCCUCGAGCCUGAAGUGCUCCGAGAGAUUUCGGACUCUCUAAACGGGAAUGGAAGUUCCUAUAAAGGAGAGGAAGAGGAAUCGAUGCAGGCUCGACGAAAAUCGACCGAACAAACCACCGUUAGCUACAAAAUAUUGAACGAAAAGGAGAACGGAUCGUCGUCCUCCGUGGAACUGUCUAAGAAAAAACGCGAGAAAGUUUUCGAAGGGAAAAGCUGCGAGGACGACGAUCUAAAAAUGAACGGUACCGAGUCUACUUCUUCGCCGGAAAUAAGAGUUAAAAACGAGAAACACAGUCGCGAGAAGGCGGACGAUAAGAGUCCAAAGAAAGAAGUGAAAUUGAAAGCGCAGAAGAAGUCGGAUGGCGUGAUGAAGCCGAGUUUUCGGAUUCUCGAAAAGGAAUUCACGCUAUUUACUAAAAAGCUCAGUAAGCUGAGCGACAAAAAAUGUCAAGAAAGUACUGGUAGCGAUAGCACAAGCCAAGAGAAGUUGGAAUCAAAGGAAUCUAAAAAAGACACGGAUUCGAAGAAACAACCGAAGAAAAUUGACGUUUCUCAGAGGCAGGCAACCGAAUUUGCGCAAAGUACAGCGAAAUCUGAACAGAAAGGGAAACAGAAGAAGGAGACAGCUAUAGCCAGGACGAAACAGAAACUGAAAUACCAACAGUCUCACGUUAUGAGCACCGGAAGUUCAGAGUACGACGAUACUUUUGACAAAACGAAGAAACAGAGUGGUACUCGGCAGGAAUCCAAGCAAAAGCAGCCAAUCGGUACACAGGGCCACGCGAAGCUGAAACGUCAAACACACGUCGACCGACGGGAGCUUAAAAAACAAAGCUCUGAAUUUCGUAACGAUGAUAUCGAGAAACGGAAGGACUGUCCUACAAAGGAAACCUUAAAAACGGAAUCCAAGUUCGAAAAGACUGGUAGAAUGGUAACGCGAGUUUCAAAAUUAGCUCACGUAUCCCGCAAAGAUAACACAACCGAAGAAACGAGCACCGAUACGAUGGCAAACCAACCGGAAGGUAAAGCAAUUACACCUGCCCCAUCGGGGAUUGAAAAAAGAAGCAGCACGGAUUCUUCGAGUACAGAAUUCAAUGGCGCGCACCGAAGCAGAAAAGCCGUCGCUGAAAAAGCGAUUGAAAGGUUCAGCGAUGACUUCGUUUCGCAAUCGAAAAUGGAAAGCACGGGACAAUCGGAUUAUGCAGAAAAAGGACAAAAUGUAAAAAGCGUAGACGAGAAAGAAACAGACGGCGAAAAAAAAUCUAAUACCGAUGUUAAAGUAGAGUCGAUAGAAGAUGGAGUCGAGGACGCGAAAGCUAUUGAGAAAGAAGAACAAGUAGGUACAAAAAGAAUGACAGAAAAUUCUGAAACAUUGUUACAUGUUGCGGAGCAAUUAAUUAAAAGUUGCGUAGUUCCAGAUAUACAAAGGAGAGAAGAGACAUUAAUUAGGGCUAGCGUUGAGGAAGAUAAAAAAUCGGGAGACGAAAUGACGCCACCCAAAAGUAAAUCCACAACCUUGGAGGAACCAACGCAACCCAAGGAAGAAAAUGAGCAAAAAACUGAUGGUGAAAGUAUUAAAGAAUCGAAAGAGAAAGAUGAAGAUCAUCGAGAAAGUACGAUGAGAACUCCAAGUCCAGAGAAACCAAGUCAACGCAACGAAGAAGAAUUAAUUGAUAGUGGAGGUGUGAAAUUGAGUAUUAAAGAUGGAAUAGACCGAGAAAAAGAUGAAGUAAUGAGAGCAAGCCCUGAGAAAUCAAAGCAAUACACGGAAGAAAGCGAACAGUUAACUGAUGCUGGAAAUGUUAUGAAAUUAAAUGUAAAAAAUGGAGAAGAUAAAGUAAUACCUGAUGGUACAAAGGAAGUAAUGGCAGUUAUGGAAGAUACGUCAGGAAAUGUCACGGAAAAAGAUGAAGCGUUAGAAAGUGCUGAAAGUCAAAUUGAAAAAAGUGAGAAUAUAGAGAAGGAACAUAAACAAAAGAAUGAGGUAUCAGAUGAUACAAGCAAACAGUUAGAAGACAAAGCAAAAGAUUUGUCAGAAGACACUGGAGAAGAAGAAACAAAAGAAAGGAAAUUAGAAGUAGAAAAACCAGCAGAAGCAGAAAAACCAACAGAAGCAGAAAGUAAUGAUAAAACUGAAUUAAUACAAGAAAUUGAACAAUCGGUUGAGGAUCCAGAGACUGAAUCGUUAAGCAUUGAAAAGGAAACUCCACAGGAAAAUGUAGCAGCAAACCUAGAGCCAGAAAAGCUUAUGAAAGAUCCAGAAUCUGAACACGAUGAUCAUUUAGAUACAGGAGAAACUUCUCAUAAAGAAGAAGAAACUACUGGAAAAAUUAAAUCAGAUGAAGAAGCCGAUUCUUUACAUAAACGAAAAAUUUCUGAUGCAGCGAAAGAAAAUGAUGAUCCUAAAAUUGAUGAUAGCCAAACUCCAGAUAUAGAAAAAGGCACUGAAAAUGAAAAAGAAGGAUCUACAGCAAAAAUAACAAGUGAUGAACAAGUUAUUGAAAAAGAAGUUGAUUCACCAGAUAAAGAAAAAGAAAUUUCUACGGUAAUGAUAGUUGACGAUAAUGAAAUUAGUGAUAAGGAAAAUAUUUCUUCGGACAAAGAAAAAAUUCUAGAUGAAGGAGUAGAAACUAUUGUAAUAACUGAAAUCGACGAUGAUCAUAUUAGUGAACACGAAGAUAUUCUUUCUGUUGAAAAAGAAAAAUAUAUAGUAGAUGAUACAAUUGACGAUAGUGAAAUUAAUGGAAAAGAAAAUAUGAUGUUAGACGCGGAUAAAGUUACUGAUCCAGAGGAAGGUACUGUUAUAGAAGAGAUCACAAAGCAUGAAAACAUUUCCCCUGAUAAAGGAGAGGAAAAGAUUCCAGAUGAAGGAACAGAAAUUAUUAAAAAACCGUCAACAACUGACGACCAUCAAAUUAAUGAAAAAGAGAACGUUAUUCCUUCUGAAAGUUCAGAACCUGAGGAGCAUCUUAUCAGUGAAAAAAAGAAUGAUGUCCCAGAAAUGGAACAUGAUGCUAGUCAUGAACAAGAUAUUUCAGAAACGCCUGAUGUUAUUAAGGAUAAUUUAAGCGAAAAAAAGAUUGAUUCUUCAGAAAUAGAUAAACAGUUUAUUCAAAAAGAUGAUGUUUCUCCAACGGAUCCUGCCUCUGACGAUCAUGAUAAUAAAAUAGAAACAUCUCCCGUAAAAGAAGCACCCGAUAACCAGACUAGUAAAGAAGGUAUUUUCUCAGAAAUGUUUAAAGCCUUCCACUCACUAGCCGAUAAAUUUACGGGUGAGAAAAAGUCAGUAAACAAAAGCAAUGAAACAGAUGCUGAAGGUCAUGAACUCCCACCCCAUUCUCCCGAUAAUGUUAAUAAAAAAGAAGCGUUUGCAUUACCAACCGAUGAUACAAAUAAAGAUCAAUUAGAAACUUCAAACGGUAACGAACCAUCUAGUGUAAAGAUGGAUGACCAAUCUUCAAAAGACGCGGAAGAAAAGACAAGCGCUGAAAGCACGGAGGAACAAGCAAAUAAAGACACAUCCAUCGCGUCUGCAGAUAAACAAACUGUAACUUCGCCGAAGAAAAUAAUUGAAGGUGAUUCAAAAACCGAUACAGUUACUGAAAUAAAAAAAGAAAGCCACGAAGAAAGCGGAGAAGGGAGUGAGAUGUCAGAAGAGAAACCCAGAACGAUGGAAGAAUCUGACAAGUCUUCAGGCGAUAAACAAUCACCGGUACGGCCAAUGCUUGAAAAAAUGGGGGAUCAACGCGAUACAUUGCAGGAUAAGAAGGAUGUUUUACAGGAAACGACAUCAAAGGAAAGCACUACCGCAGAUAGCGAGCUAUUAGGAACUAGCGAAAAGAAAAACGAGCCGCACGAACCAGCGGGCGAAGUGAGCAGCAAUUCUCACGGAAUAGAAUUGUUUCAAACUCCUCCUCUGACGUCCGAGACGCCCACGAAAGAAAAGUUUGCAUUAGAUUUCAUUAUAUCAGAAACUCCAACAGAUUCUAGGAAAACAUCCGAGCCUGAAAAGCAGGUGAAUUCAGAGAGCGAAGAAACUAAAUUACAAGAAGCAGAGCAAUUUGUUGAGAAACAAACUUCUGCCUCGGAGAAACAGCAAAUGCAGCCAUUUCUAGGUCAACAAUCGCGCGAAGAAGACAAGUUUCUAAUUUCUCAAGAUGAUACGAGUAGACAGGAUAUAAUUAAUGAGAAAACGGAUGAAACGUUAUCUUCGGAAGAGAAGGGAGAAGCAAACGUCGAAGAACAAUACGCAGACGUAAGCCUUCCACUUUUUACAAACAUAAUACAGUCGAUGGACGAUUUAGACGACAGUGAUUCAUCGAGUGAUAUUUCCAGGAAGACGACGCUGACCACCCGACCGUAUCAAACACCAAGACACCGUGCACGGCAGUCUCCCGAAAAAGAAAGCAUUGAUAUGCAGAACAUGGAAGACGAAGAAGAUACAUCGUUAACGAUCGAACUAAUGAAAGAUGAAGAUGAUAGAGCGUUUCAAGAAACUUAUGAUAGUAAUAUAGAACAACCUUCUCCGACAACUCUAAUUAGAACAGUAGAAGACGAGCACACAGAAUUUAAUAAAGAAAAUGAAACACCUUUGAAUAUUCAAAUGGCGCUCAGACAACAAGAAACAUUAACUGACGUUGUCGAAGAAGUCAUCCAAGAACAAAGACAACUAAAUCCAAAGACUCGUUUAGAAUACGAUGAAGAGUCUUCAUCUAGCGCGAAACCCACAAGGAGUAUAAAGUUACAAUCUCAAACAAAAGAACUUGAUCGACCGCAAGGCGCUGAGAAAUCAGCAGUUUCCAAACACGCGAGACCUGAAUCUCUCAAACCGGGCGAAAGAAAGAUGAAAGCUGCAGAAAAGAAAAGAUUUCCGUUGCAAAGAAAGAAGAAAAGUUCUUCCGAAGAAUCGUCCGAAGAGAAAGCGGCUCAUUUUCACGAUCAAGCGCGCCAUGUUCGGCAUCAGCCUCGCAAAAAGGUUGUCACUGAUCGAUCGAAGCAAACGGAUAGCAAUCACGCGGCACAGUUGAGAAAAACGGACGGUGAACAACAGCGAAAACAGUCCACGUCGAAAUUGAAAUCUGAAAAAGAUAAGAAGGGGUCCGGCAGCGGGGAGAAAAAUCCAACUCCGCCGAAAACUGGCGACAGUAAAACGCAGCCUAAAUACAUGGCUUGGUACAAGAAAAAUCGGGAAGAAAUGGAGAAGAGAAGGGCAGGAUUGAGGGCUGUGGAUGACGAGAGUCAGCUUCCACGAUGGCUGAGGAGGAGCAUGAGAAACCAAAAGUCUGAUAACGAAAUAAAGACGCCAGAUCAAGCGAGCGCGAACACGACUCCGCGAACGAGACGCAAGAUUAAACCGUUAGUGAACGUCGAGUCCGAACAAUUAAAAGCUAUCGUACGUCAGGGAAGAAAGCUAAGGAGAGCCGAAGGUGGAAAAAACGAAGAUCCACCUAUUCAAAUAUUUGCAUCGACGCCACCUACAGCGUCAGCAGCGGACACCAAACACCAUCUGGUGCAACAUUCCGAAUAUAAGUACGAGAAAGUACCGGCGCCAUUUUACCUUCAUCCUCCACCCGCGCCUCACCCAUCGCCCCAAUUGUCGCCAGAACAUUUUGACGUUCAAUCGUCGAUGGAACAUGGCCACGUCGAUGAAGACUUUGAUUCGGGAAUAGCCAUACCCCUUCAAGGCGGAAACAGGUUAAGACACCAACAACUUUUAGAGAAGAAAAGCGUAUUCGAUAUCGCCUACAGCGAAGCUGCGCCAUCGCAACUCCGUGCCGACAGCACUACACCGCCAUCAUAA